AUGUCGUUACAACCGCAUCUUCUUCCCCCAGCAUAUUUGCUUAAUAUGUAUAGGCAACCAAUGCCUGCUUACCACAUAUUAUCGAAUGAUCAAAUAGGGCAUAGCGAGACGUCACCAACACUACCCAACGUGCCUCCGAUGAAAUCAGAGUAUGGGAACGCCGGAAGUGGGUAUGGAGUCGAGAGAUAUGAAACUCGAAGCCGAGGACCGGGCAGGCGUAUAUGGAGUCAUUCGGAGACCAAGUAUUUUCUCAGUAUCAUGAGAAAAUAUUACAGUAAAGUGAUAGUAGCACCUACGAAUAAUCAAAAGGGAGAAAUUUGGGAUAAAGUCGUAGAAGAACAUAAUAAACAUUUUGCCGAAAGAACAAAACGUUCUUGUCAGCAACAAUGGGAUCGUUUGAUUGGCCGGUACAGGUCAGCAAAAGGCCCACUCCAUUUUGAAUAUGGAGAGGAAGUAAGAUCGAUUGUAGGGGAUGCAGGAAGGCAGCCAUCUUACGAGGCUCGUUUAGCAAAACAUGAUGCUACAGCUGCUCGUCGUCAUUAUAAUCGCACGGAGGAAGAUCUCAACAAACCACCAUUAACGCUUGAGCCGCCUCCUAAUAACCAUGUUACUAACAGUAUGUACGAUCGUUACGAUUAUAAUGGAAUGUACGGAAGGGCUGGUUCGUCUGUAAAGCGAACGAUAUCAGCCGAAGAGGAAAACUUACCCCAACGAAAGAGGCAAUCUACAAUAGAGAGACUUUUAGGCUUGCUGGAGAAGCAUAUUGCAGAUGAACAAGAACGGAGAUUGAUUGAAUCUCAACGAUGGGACGAGCAGAUGCGUCGGAUGGAAGAAAUAAUUGGGUCCAUCAACAAGUUGACGGAUGUAUUAAAAGAAAUAAAGAAUAAAUAA